CGUGCCAGCUCAGUUCAGCUCAUCUCACUUUAUGUCCCUGAGUUCAUGGUUUGUCCAGUUCGUUUUCCUCUCACGCCGGCUCGCAACUCACUUCAAAGGAUUAUCGGUAUUCUCCCGCGCAUCCCCCCCUUGCAAGUUCUACAUUUUGGCACUGCCGUGAAGGGUCGUUAAGUGGAUCUAGUCCCAUUUUCAAUAGCAGGGAUGACACGGCCAUUUGUUGAUUACCUUUCACUCGGAUACACAAGGGGUUACGGGGCGCGUGCAAAGCCACCAAGUUUUGGAUGGACAAGGUUAUCGCUAUCACAAGUCUGCCGAGAGAUAAGCAAAUUUAUGUUAUAGCAGCAAAACGCGAACUACACUACGUCUCUGCCAUUUAUUACCCCCCCUUCUCUCGUACCUUUCCUUUCACCCAAUGGCUUCCCAAGAUACCUUUAGCCGUACGUCCACCAGCGUUGAGCUGUCAUGCCCAGACGAUAUAACAGGGCUUGAACGUAUAGUUCUUGCAGCGCAAGGAGACCUCCAGCGAACCUUAAGUUCAUUUUUCGGGAGACCCAUAUCCAUAGAGUGCAUCUAUGCGCACACCUCCCCUCGUGAACAGCCAGCUUCUCCCGAGCACCCUAUCACUCAGAAUCGUCAAGUCCACCUCAUAUGCUCGGGACGCACAGUUUGUGUCGCGACAUCUUCCGUCACCAUCACUUCCCCCGAAUGCGAAGGUCUAUUCCUUGACCAAAAAUUCGCUAUUGGGCAGUUAUUCCGGCACCUUCGCUGUCCCCCAAAGUUCACGUUGAUUGACGCGGAGACAAAUGUCGUCGGUGCUCGGCGAGAGUUGCGCAGAAACUACAGGCUCGAGAUUGAAGGGAUCGUCUGCGACAUCUUGGAAGAAUUUCCGGAUAGGGACAUGUUCGUUCGCGGACAGGCGUGGCUGGACGAACCUGUCCCGGAAAUCCCUGCUCAACCAUCUCCUCUAUCAGGUACCAGCUCUUCCUUGUUCCAAUUCACUCCAUUUUUCCCCGUCUCGAAUCCCACUUUGGUGUCCAUUCUCGAGAAACAGGCCGCGGACCCGAUUGUUGGUCAACAAGUCUUCGCCCUUUAUCCAGAUCCGUUUGACCAAACGUCACCUUCGCCAAACCACUAUGCCGAGAUCACGUAUCGUCAGUUUAAUGAUCUUGUAGACGCUGAAGCAGCACUGUGGUCUGAGCGCUUCGUGCCUGUAGUCAAGACGAGCAAGAGCCAUCCAGUCAUUGCUGUCCUAGGAGAUAGUGGCUUUAAUCUUGCUGUCACAGUCCUCGCACUUUCCAAGUUGCAUGCCACUGUAUUUCUCUUGGCUCCUGCCAAUUCUCUCGCUGCUGUGAAACACCUCUUAGGCUCCUGCGAUGUUUCCGUCCUUUUGUACGGUCAAAACCACACCAAGUCGGCCAUGGAGGCAGCAGCCGACUGCGGUGUCGCGGCUCUUCCAUUAAUGGCUUCCCCUCCAUUUGGUUCUUCAGGAUCCUCCCAAUAUCGUCCCUUCCUACCUACCCCUCCAGAUAUCCCAAUUAUUGUCCAUAGCUCCGGUUCGACAGCUUAUCCUAAGCCAGUCCGCUGGUCAAAUACAAGCUUUUUGGCAAAUGGUCAAAUCAUGGUCACCAGCGGUGAAUGGUCUGCCUUUGCGCGUCCGAACAAUCGUUUCUUGUGCUUGGGUCCACUAUUCCAUACAAUGGGAUUGACGUUAGGUCUGGCAAGCACCAUUUGUUCGGGAUCCACCAUCGUAUUUCCUCUGGUCAAGCAAUGGCCUCCUACCCCAGGUGAUGUCAUCCGUUCCCUUCGCGCCGGGAAUAUCACAACGUGCAUCCUCGUUCCGAUUCUUUUGGAUCAACUAGUCAGCACUUUAGAGGACGAUCCAAACGGCCAAGAUACCUUCGAUCUGUUGGCCAAACUUCGAGUUUUAAUUGUCGGUGGCGCCCACUGCCCAGAUAGUUUGGCGGACCGCCUCGUAUCGCGUGGUGUAAACCUCAAGUACGUUUAUGGCUCCAGCGAAACGGGUCAUCUGAUGGUUGGAUCUCACGAACGUCUCACGGCUGAUAACCGGACAUCAUGGAAACUUCUUCAACCAUUUCCUCACACUUCGCCGUUGUUAAAACCCGUGGAAUCUUCGGACGAUCGCAAGCUGUACCAGGUUCAUAUGGCUGCGGACGAUGUCCGUUUGGCUGUGGGAGCACUUAAUCCUGGAGAAACGACCUGGAAUACGGGCGAUAUAGUUCAAGAGGUCUCUCCCGGGAAUUUCCAGAUUCUUUACAGAGAUGAUGAUAUUUUGGUCCAUGAUAGCGGCGAAAAGACAAAUCCCAUCCCAAUGGAACUUCGUUGCAGAGAGAAUAAGCUCAUCAGUCGUGUCGCGAUUGUUGGUCACCGCCGCCCUGCUUGCGCCGCCAUCAUCCAACUCAAUGAAAGCGAGGCACGACAGUAUACGGAAGAAGAAUGCCACGAAAUCUGCCGGGGAGUAAUCAAGUCAGCGAACCUCGAAGCGCCUUCGCAUUCGAGGAUAAUGGAAGAUAUGUUCCUGGUUCUUCCCCUGGGCUAUAAACAGAUACCUGUUACUCCGAAGGGUAACUGUAUCCGGGCCAAAGUCCUGGAGAUAUUCUCCGAAGAGAUCGAAAAGCUUUAUCACGAUCUUGAUGGCGAUAGCACAACUUCUACAUCAACUCUCGUUGCUUCCCACUCCGAGCUACGGGAUCAGGUCUCCAAAAUAUUUGCAGAAUUAACUGAUCACAAAGAUCAACCUCUCGAUUUGGACAAGAGUCUAUUCGAUUUGGGCCUUGAUUCCGUCACUGCGCUAGCUCUGCGUAACAAACUUGCGAAGACAUUUGGCGUCAAGCUCCCACAACAAUUCGUCUAUCAAAACUUUUCACUUGCGCGAUUGUCCCUUGCGUUAUACGCUCUUGUCGCACCAACCCCAGAACGGCUCCCCUCUCCUACAGCUCACUUGGUCGAUAAGAACCAAGUGUUGCACGACCUGCUUGAACGUCAGCUCCUUGCACUCGGCCUCUCUUCGAACUUCAUCCUUGCGAGCAGAUCUCCAGCUACAUCCUACCCGACUGAUGGACAGGUAGUCGCCGUAGUAGGAGCUGCUGGUUCACUUGGAAUAUGGCAAGUGAAAAAGCUGUUGGAGCGUGCGGACGUUACCAAGGUCGUGUGUAUGGUCAGGGGAUCAGACGUUGCCGCUGUCUACAAGAAGCUCAAGAUCGGUUUCUCCAAAGCUGGGCUCCUGGAGCUAGCGGACGAGACCGAUCUGUGGCUUGACAACCAAGUCGCGCAUCCCGGUGUCCCUUCUGUCCAGCUAAACCAGCGCGUGGUGGCAGUCCCAUUCGACCUAUCAAAUCCUAGAUUUGAUAGAAACGAGUAUCUUGCUUUGGCGAGGGGACUAACGACAAUCAUCCACACCGCAUGGAAGAUGGAUUUCAAUCAGGUUGUUCAAGGCUUUGAAGAUUGUUUGAUUGGUACUACUCAGCUCCUUCUUCUCGCAGGAUUCAUGCGUCCGAAGGAGUUCUACUUUAUUUCCAGCAUAGGCGCUGUGUUGGAAUCGAAGCAGAAGCCGGUGCCGGAGGUUAUCUUACCGUGGGGAAAAGACUCCCAUAUUCCCGCCUCCCCGCAUGGAUACAGCGAGUCGAAAUUUGUGUGCGAGUACCUCGUCGAGAAUGCCGCUUCUUUGUUGGAAAUUCCUUGCUCCGUCGCGCGGGUCGGACAAAUCACGGGCGAUACAGUGUCUGGUGUAUGGAAGACUCAGGAAAUGAACCCAUCCAUCAUUGCGGGUAGCGCACGCAUCGGAAAAUUCCCUAUCGUUCCAGAUGUCGUUGAUUGGGUCCCGGUCGAUGUUGUCGCAUCGACUACCGUCGAACUUGCUCUACAACCCCAGAAAUCCGGUGCAGUCCGCGUCCAUCACGUCGUCCAUCCCUUCCCGUCGAGCUAUAACGAUAUGGCCCAUCAUCUUCAGGCAUGCGGAAUUUCGGUGGUCCCUGUGUCUCCUCAAGAAUGGUGGACUGCCAUCUGUGCCGACGAGGAUAAUCCUUGCCUGAAGAUGGAGGCGUAUAUCCAGGAUAUCUUCGUCAAUGCCCACGACCGCAAUGACUCGGAUAUAAGGGGCAUUCCAACGUUAGACCUUCCUCAGACAUUGGCCGCCUCAAAAUCACUUCGACAGUGCCCGACCCUGGAUAGCUCGCUCUGGCAAAGAUAUAUAUCAUAUUGGCGGGAGACCGAGUUUUUGGCUUAAUAGUUUGAUGGUAGAGAGUUAUAUAUUUCUGUGGGACUUCAUUGUACAACUUGAACAUCAGCGUGAUGUCAACUACUACGUCUUUUUUUCAUCGAUUUUAUGUAGGUUCAGUCACAAUCUUUAGAAGGCCAGAAGGCACUGUACAGGACAACGGGAAUGAGAUGCACGUUCGAUAUCGAAAUUAAACUUCAAUGAUG